GCUUGUUUAAUCGCUACACCGAUCUCAUUCAUAACGGCUGUACGGCUGCAGGCCUUGCGCUAGCGAAAUUAAAAAAAAAAAUACAUCCGUAAACAUUCCAAAUUCGAAUACAGUCAUCGCGGUAAAAUUGAUUAGUCAAGUCCAAAUGUUUUGUGUCAAAUUUUGUGAAAUAUGUGUUGUUUUAUUGAUAAAAAUCGCGUGUAAUGUUUACUAAAAAUAUUUGUUAAGACUGUUUACUUAUUUUUAAUAUUUUAUAGUGUUGCCUUGUCUUCCAAAAUUUAAGUGAUAUCGUGAGCGAAGAUGGAGAAGAACGGAGGUUCGAGACUUCUUCAGAUGCAGGCUCGCUUCCAACAAAAGCAGAUGCAGGAGCGCGAGCUGAAGAUCGCGUCGCUGUACGAGGCGCAGCAGGCGAGGGCGCUGGACCGAGUGCGCCACUCGCCCAGCAACGGCGCGGGGCCCACUCCGCCGCACCCGCACCAGCCACCAGCGCACCAGCCGGGCAAGGUGCGACAAAUGUUCGAAGAGAGGCGAACAAAAGCCGGCAUCGAUAAAAGCUAUCCGCUGCAGCCCAUACAGAACACAGAGCGGACGCCGCCGCGGAAGACCCUGCCCAAUGGCUACACCAAAGUCUCCUCCACUACUAAGAACUCGGUGGAAAAGAAGACUGUCAAGACAACCAUGAUCUCCAGCUCACAUAGUGUUAAGAAACAAAAUAUAACCACUCAGAAAAUCAACAACCAUGUGGUAAAUGGUUCCGGCGAUCUCAACCACAAUCACGAAUUAGACAUAAUUGAACCGAAAAUAAUGCAGCACGUCAACGGCGAAAUAAUUCCAACGGCAGAGGAAAAAGACGACGUAGACAAUGGGAACAAUGAUAUGAUUGAAAACGAAACGUUCCCCGAAGCGCUGGCCCCCGCCCCCACGCCGCGCUCCCCGCAGCCCGCCGUCGAAGUCAUAAGGCCACAGAGAAGAAGUCCAGCGGCUACGCAAAGGCCAAAAAGUCCAAUAAAAAGUAAACCUGCACCAGCGACUUCGCCUCCACGUAGAGUUGCCAGUGAAAAUAGGGUGCCGUCACGGGAGAACAGUAAGCCCAAGGGGGCCAUGCAGCGAGGACAAGUACUUAGAAACAUUCCAGCCACGAAUUCUCAGCCGUCAAGCGGUUCGAACAAGACCCGUUCGGCCCCGGCCAACAGCGCCGCCCUGCCCGAAGGCGCCUGCUCGGUGUGCGGCAGACACUUCGCGCCCGACCGCCUGCCCAAGCACCAGGAGAUCUGCCGCAAGACGCACACCAAGAAACGCAAGCCCUUCGACGUGCUCAAGCACCGCCUGGCCGGUACAGAAGCGGAGCCGUUCAUCAGUAAACUACGCAAGGGCACUACAUCAUCCACGAAGGUACCGCAGAAGAAUUUGAACAACAACUGGCGGCAGAAGCACGAGGAGUUCAUCCAGGCGAUCCGCGCCGCCAAGCAAGUGCAGGCUCACCUUGACGCGGGAGGAAAACUCAGCGAUCUACCCCCACCGCCGCCAUCCGAGAACCCCGACUACGUGCAGUGUCCACACUGCAAGAGACGCUUCAACCAAGCGGCCGCCGAGCGACACAUACCCAAGUGUGCCAGCUUCCAGUUCAACAAAUCCAAACAACCAGCCAAGAGGAGAUAACUACGCAAAUCGGAAGGAUAAAUGUGACCCAUAACAAUAUACACUUAAAAAUAAGUUUAACUAUAUCCGAAACUAAACUAGGAACUGUUUAUUUUCCCAUGAUUUUAAUACUUUAGUCGCAUUUCAGCUUCUCAUGGAUAGAUUACUAGUAGACGUUGCAUAUGCCAGUAAAGCGGCUCAAAUAACUUCAUCGAAAACUAAUUUAUAUUGCGAUACUUUGGUGCAAAUAGUUUUCACAUGCGCACUGUUCUACCUUGUGAAAUGCUUCUUUGACAUCGUAAAUCCUAACGUUCAAAAUUGAUAAUGGAAUCUGCUUCAAGGUUUAAUCCAUUUAGGAUCUCCACGAACGUUUUAAAUAUUGAUUCCAUUUUCAAAUUUAUUCAUUAUACUUUUUUUAUCUAUCUUAUUGAAUACAAAGCUCUGACAUCUAGCCUUUUUGAGCUUAUGUCAAUUUGUAUCAUUGUCGUUCUACAGAUUAAUAACUUAAAACUGUGAUAAUUAAAAUUUUAAUCUCGUCAAAAUGAUUUAUAUGUGCGAUAAUGCGAGUGCUCUUCUUCGGAUAUUGUUCACCGUACUUUUAUUCUACACCAUUUGGCAUUUUAUAACUUGUAUACACGGCUACAGAAGGAUUUGUGGAAGCAUGGGAGACAUAAGACUACCUGCACCAGAUGCAAAUGAUGAAUUACUUAUGCCGUUCUUUUAUGAUUAAUUUUCAAAAAAUAUUCAUUUCCAUAAAAUUAUACAGGGCCUGUGAUGCCAUGUGCCGUGUAGAUUCUCUUUCUACAAACGCUAACGCUUCGAAAAAUAGCUAAAUGUAUGGGAAUGACAGAUCCGAUCGACAACUUGAUCACGUGACCUGUCAAUAGCAAAUGUCAUUCCCAUACAUUUUUUUAAUUUUCGAAGCGUUUGUAGAAAGAGAUUCGACGUGCCACAUGACUAGAGGCUCUAAUUACUUAGAUUAAACGGAAUCUAACCUAAUGAGAAAUGAAGAUAAUAGGCUGUGGUUGAUUAUGAUGAUGCAAUGAAGAGAAGUGUUAUCCUUUUGAUAAUGACAGCAUUGGUGGUAUAACCCUAAAAUACUUUCGUUUUAACUAAAUACUUUGCUAAACAUAUACAAAUAACUUUUCACGUACAAAGAACGCUGGCAUGUCUGAUUUAAACGAUUAUAGACAAAUAAUAAUGAAAUUUAAUUGUUUAUAUUCUGUAUAAACUAACACUUUAAAAUAUUCAGUUUGCUCAGCGUUCUUUUGCCAUGACACCACGAACAUCAUACUAUGCUUUUGAUUUUAAAAUGUUAACAGUGGACAUCGUUUUUACAUUUUCGUUAAUAUACUGACCUUUUCUAUUA